ACCAAAUGCUGGGCUUGAAAAGUGUGCCACCACUGAUUUCAAAAACUUCGAAACCUCAGACAUGGCAUAUUCCCAGCCGCCUAGAGGGUAUAAAUCCCAGAGCAGUGACCAAACUGGUAAUCCAGAAGUCCAAACCAAAGCAAACUGGGGAACCUUAUAAGAAAAAGAGAAAGGUGUCAGGAGUAAGAAGUACUGUUUAUAAACCAUUUGAACAGCCGCUCCAAGACAUCGACUUGCCAGGGAUACUAGCCCAAACGUUUAGUGAAAUUGAACCCAAUCCUGGUUUCUUAAGGAUAUGGCCAGACAAAGAGGAAGAGCAGGUGCUAGUUCAGUCAGCCUAUGGUGAAGUCCCUAAAGGUUGUGUGAUCAGCUACCAGCAACCACUUAAUGCUAAGAAAGAGCCAAGUAUUCAGCUACCUGGUUUUGAGUUUCCCAAACUCAGUUAUUGCCAUACUGUACUGGGUGAAAGAGAACAUUUAUUCUUUAGUGCCCUCACUGUAACCCAUAAUCAAUCUGUGGAAUUUGAAGUUGAGACGAGGGAGCAAUCUAUGACUAAUGCUUGGCAUUCACUAAGAAAAUUUAGGCUAACUGCCUCAAAUUUCAAGAACAUUUGUUCCCGGAGGAAGGACUUUGACACUUUAUCAAAGCGCCUUCUCAAAGGCAAAUUUAUCCAGACUGCUGCCAUGAAAUAUGGGAUUCAAAAUGAGGAUGUGGCUGCCAAAUUGUAUACCAAAAAGUUUGCCAGAGAAACUCACAAAGUUGGUUUCCUGAUAAACCCUUCAGUGCCACAUCUUGGUUGCAGCCCAGACAGGAGGGUGCAUGAUAACAGUGAAGCUCAGCCAUGGGGUCUUUUGGAGAUUUUAAAAGACUUAAAAGAGACUUAA